UGUUAUAUUUCGGUGUCUUUGACGGACACGGAGGACAGGCGUGCGUUCAGUACUGCAACGAUAAUAUGAUAACACAUAUCAAGUAUUGGCUCAAUAGGGAUGAGAAGGACUUGCAGUUUAUUUUGGAGAACUCUUUCCUAGAAUUAAAUAACUCUUUCGCCCGAUUCGUGACAUUCAAUCCAUUCGUCGAGGGCCGCAACUCGUUUUCGGGAACCACUGCCACAGUGUGUUUGUUGAGGAACGGCAUUGAGUUGGCUGUCGCUCAUUGCGGUGACAGUCGAGCCCUGUUGUGCAGGAAUGGCGAAGUGAUGCGUUUGACGACUGACCACAACUCCAACGUUACGGCAGAAAAAGAGCGCAUUAUUAAAAGCAAUGGUUUUAUCAAAAAUGAUAGCUUAGGCGUCGGACUCGUCAACGGAAGACUCGCGAUGACGCGAAGUAUCGGUGACUUAGAUCUGAAACCAUACGGAGUUAUAGCACUGCCCGACACUCGAAUAAUUGAACAUUAUGACUGGUGGCUACCGCAGUUAAUGCACUACUCGCUGUUCCUUCACCACCUACGCCACGUCUCAACGCCGUUUGGCAGUCUUCGCCGGGAAUUCGUGACGGAUCAGGCGCUGCACUACGCGUGUCAGGACAACGCCACGGCUUUGGUGGUGCCGUUCGGGGCGUGGGGUAAGUUCAAGAACCACCGCAGAGACUACAACCAGUUCUACAACUUUGGCCGCGAACUCUCCAAUAGUACCCGAUUU